AUGGCGGACCCAUCUGACUUGAACCUGGACGCGCCCAGUGACCUUCAGGACAUUCCUGACUUGGCCAUGCAAUUGAUUCCCCCACCCGAGAGCACAUAUCCAGACAAAAACUCCCUCCUCACGGCCGUUCAAAAUCACGGAAAAGCCCACGGCUACAAUGUCGUGGUCAAAUCAUCCAGCACACCCACAGAGAAGAAACCAGGUCGAACGGCGAAAGUGUGGUUGCGAUGCGACCGUGGUGGACAUUAUCGUCCUCGAAAUGGCCUGACCGAGGAAACUCGAAAACGCCGCCGCACGUCUCGUCUCAUGGACUGUCCCUUUAUGCUCGUCGCAGCUGGCUCUCCGGGUAUUUGGACCUUGACCGUCUUGAACCCGACUCACAAUCAUGGGCCGAUCACGGAAAAGCCUCGCCAGCCGCCUCAUCACAAAGUGCGAAAGGGCCAAUUGUCUGCCGCGCCGUAUGACUGGCCUCACGAUUGUUCCUUUUCCCCCUACACCACUGCCCUCGUGAUCAUAGACAUGCAAAAGGACUUCUGCGCUAUUGGUGGUUACAUGCACUACCAGGGCUACGAUAUUUCUCCGGCUCAGGCUCUCAUACCUCGAUUGCAACGCAUCCUCGACACGUUUCGAUCUGCCGGGUUUCCCAUUUAUCAUACUCGGGAGGGUCAUCGGCCAGAUUUAUCCACGCUAUCGAGUCGCGAAGCGUAUCGUUCCCGCAACAACGCCACUGGUCUCGGGAUCGGCUCGCAAGGUCCCAUGGGUCGUCUGCUUGUCCGGGGCGAAAUGGGUCACGAUAUUGUCGACGAACUACGCCCUCUCCCCGAUGAGCCUGUUAUCGACAAGCCAGGGCGCGGGGCUUUUACGUACACCGAUUUUGAACUUCUCCUCCGCAACAAGGGCAUCAAGAAUCUGAUUAUUGCGGGCGUCACGACGGACGUGUGCGUCUCAACGACCAUGCGCGAGGCCAACGACCGAGGAUUCGAUUGUCUGUUGUUGGACGAUGGCACAGCCGCAGCCGAGGCUUCUCUGCACACCUCCACAAUGGACUCGGUCAAAAUGGAGGGCGGAAUCUUUGGAUCAGUGGGCCGACUUGAAGACGUAGUUCAGGCCGUUGAGAAUUUCAAGGCCGUCGCGUCGAAGAAGCAGGUUCCGCAAACCACAGGCUGA